UUACACAGAAUACAGGAUAUUUUAACAUAUUUGCCUAAACAAUUGGAUCAGGUAAAGCAAGAACAUUUUUGGGAUAAUUCCUGGAUUACAGAUACUAGCCUUUUUAAAGGAUAUUUUGUGAAAGAUUUAAGAUGCAAAAGAUGAAACCUCACACACAGAUUUACACAGGAAUCAGAUGGCAAGUAAUAUUUUCCUUCUUAUUAUCAUGGCUGUGUCAUUCAGUCUCUGGUCAGAUUCAUUAUUUUAUUGUAGAAGAAAUGAGAAAAGACUCUGUUAUAGGAAAUAUUGCAGAAGACCUUGGAUUAGAUAUUAAACAGCUCUCAUCUAGAAAGCUGAGAAUUGUAUCAGAUCUAUUAAACAAAUAUGUUUAUGUGAAUUUAGAGACUGGUACUCUGUAUGUAAUGGACAGGAUAGACAGAGAGACAUUGUGUGGGGCAGCAACUACCUGCUUCCUAACCUUUGAUGUUGUAGUUGAAAAUCCAUUUAAUAUUUUUAAUAUUAAAAUUGAAAUUCAGGAUGUAAAUGAUAAUUAUCCACACUUUUUUCAUAAUAACAUCAUUUUGGAAGUUAUUGAAUUUACAUCACCAGGAGCCAAAUUUGUAUUACAAAAUGCAGAAGAUCCUGAUGAAGGUAUUAAUUCAGUACAGACAUACAGGCUCAGUGACAACCAAUAUUUCACACUUAAUACAAAGAGCAGAGCAGAUGGGAGUAAAUUUCCAGAACUUGUGCUAGAGAAACCUUUAGAUCGAGAGACACAACAUGUUCAUGAAUUAAUUUUAACAGCCUUAGAUGGAGGAAACCCAGUGAAGUCUGGAACUGCUUUGGUAAAGGUCAUUGUCACUGAUGGUAAUGAUAAUGCUCCUACAUUUACUCAGGACAUGUAUAAAGUCACCAUAAAAGAAAAUAUUCCAAUUAACUCCAUAGUUAUUGUUCUAAAUGUAACUGACAAAGAUGAAGGGAUCAAUGCAGAGAUCACAUAUUCUUUUAGCAAAACCUCAGGAAAUCUCCAUCAUACUGGGAUUUUUACUAUUCACCAUACAAAUGGGGACAUUAAAACAAAUAGAAAUUUGGAUUUUGAAAUAACAAAGAGCUAUGAACUCUCUGUACAAGCAAAGGAUGGAGGUGGUCUUGUUGCCCAUUCCAAAGUAUUGAUAGAAGUAACAGAUGAGAAUGACAAUGUUCCAGAGAUAUCUAUCACCUCAUUCUCUACUCCUAUUCUUGAGAAUUGUGAGUCAAGUACAAUGAUAGCUCUCAUUAAAGUUCAUGAUCGAGAUUCAGGAGAAAAUGGUGCAGUUGACUGUAACAUUAUAGAAGAUAUACCUUUUAAUUUGUUAUCAUCUAACAGUUAUUACAGACUUGUUACAACAAGCGCUCUGGACAGAGAGAAAGUAUCUUCUUAUAACAUAACCAUUGUAGCUACUGACAGAGGAUCUCCACCACUGUCCAGCAGAAGAUCCAUUAUAUUGGUGAUAUCAGAUGUUAAUGACAAUCCACCAAUAUUCAUGAAAUCUAAUUAUAUUGCUUAUGUGGCAGAGAACAACUUACCAGGAGCGUCUAUAUACAGUGUACAAGCAUCAGACCCUGAUAAUGGAGACAAUGCUAAAAUUAUUUAUUCAAUUUCCAGUUCUAAUACAUAUGAUAUCCCAGUGUCCUCUUAUCUCUCCAUCAAUAUAGAGACUGGGGUUCUCUAUGCUCAGAGAUCAUUUGAUUAUGAGCAGCACAAGGAGUUUCUAAUACAAGUAACUGCUAGAGACAAUGGAUCCCCAUCUCUGAGCAGCAAUGCAACACUAAUUAUCCACAUAGUGGAUCAGAAUGAUAAUGCACCUAAGGUCUUGUACCCAUCAGCAGACAGUGGUGGCCCAGCUGUGUUUGAGAUGGUCCCUUUUGCUUCUGAACAAGGAUCAUUAAUAACUAAGGUGGUUGCAGUGGAUGCAGACUCUGGACAUAAUGCUUGGCUCUCCUAUCACUUCAUACAAGUGUCAGAACCAUCUCACUUUACCAUCAGUCAGCACACAGGUGAGAUCAGGACAUCACAUGUCUUUCAUGAGAAGGAUAUAUUGAAUCACAAGGUUGUGGUGUUGGUGAAGGACAAUGGAGACCCCUCUCACUCAGCUACAGUCACCUUAAGUCUCAUUGUUGCAGAUAAUUUCCAACAGGUGGUUCCUAAACUCAGUAACAAACUCAACAAUGAAGAUCCCCAAUCCAAUCUUCAAUUGUACUUACUGAUCGCACUUGCUCUCAUUUCCUUCUUAUUUAUUAUAACUGUUAUGUUGGUCAUUAUAUCAAAAUGCAAACAAUCAAAACCUUCACCAACAUUUGCUUCUCUAAGUACAAAUCUGUAUCCUCCAGUUGAUCCCAGGAUGCUCUCCAUGUAUAGCGAUGGAUCUUUACCAUUUCCCUACUCAUACAAUGUGUGUGUGGCUUUGGAUUCCAGUGAAAGUGACUUUACUUAUAGGAAACCAAAUCAAGAUGUCCCUGUGGAUAAUCUCAUUGAUGCUGAUGAUUCAGGACUAGGGAACGAAACAUUAAAAGAGUCUUGUCCAGUCAAUGAUCUGGUGAGUUUUUGUAACUCAGGGAUUGUUAUAUGA